AUGUAUUCCACUAACGAUCUGCGCAGCUAUCGGAAGUCUCGACGGAAGUUUGCUCUGAAGACCUAUCUCUUGCUGUGCGUCUGGUUAUUCAUGGCCCUUAUCCAGUGGACAAUUUUGUGCCUUUUAAAAGAGUUGCGCUGGAUAUUCCAGGAUCUUUACUACAUCAGCUUUGCGACUUUUGCCCUGUCCGUUUGCGCUUUUUUGGUGUUCAUAUUCUUUGAGAAGCUUCGCUUUACGAUUUGCUUGAACUACUUUAUAGCAUUUGUAAUCGUGGAGCUGCAGGUCGCGUCCUUGUUUACUUUGAUCACUCGCACUUGGUGGGCGGAAAUGCUGAUAUUCUUUUUUGUGUGCGUUCUUCUAAUUGUGCUUUUCCUAGUUAUAGGAGCAAUUCUUCCAAAGAAAAUGGAUCUCACUCUGGAUAUAGCCGUCUUGUUUAUAUUUGCAUUUAUCUUUCUGAUUGUCGCCGUCUUCUUCCUUAUGUUCCAGCUAAUAAUAUGGAGAACACUCCCAUAUAGCUUUUUGGUUGUGGAGCUGGCCAUUACCAUCACAAUCCUAGUGUUUGUUAUGUACCAUGCCCAGACUAUCCAUGGAAACCGCUUUGCCGAAAUGCGCUUAAAUGAUUUUAUUCUUGGAUCUUUGAUACUAUUCCAUGACUUUCUCAUCAUUUACUGGUUGACAUUCUAUUAUCAAGUCCACUAUAGGCCCAUCACCCCAGAAAAGUACAUAGCUAGCAGCUUAAUUGUUCCAAUUGCUGAAAUUACAGAAAGAGCCUGGAACUUAAAUAUUUAUAAUGAUGACAGCUACUAUUAUGGUAACGUUCAUAAGACUCAUCAAUCCAGGCAUGACAAUAAAGAUUCUCCUGACAUUUGGACAAAUGAUCGAAGCUGGACAAAUCAAGAUAGAGACAGAGACAGGUCUCGGGACACUGGAUCCGACGGUGCCAGAGAUAAGGACGGCACGGCUUGGCCUCAAAAUAGAGAAAAUAAGUGGGAGCCAUCAGAGAGAGUCACUUUGCAGCCAAGACACAGAGGAAGGGACAGCAGUUCGACUAAGGAAGGAGGUGGUGAUGAAAAUGGGAAUAGAGGUAGAGAUGCAGACAGAAGCUCGAUUGGAAGUGGACAUGCAGAAAGAAGUUGGAAUAGAUUAGAAAGACUUCCACAAGAUUUGGAGAUGCCCACCCAUUAUCGCCAAGACAAGCGGCAUCCAAAAAAUAGAGAACACCACAAUGGGUCUUUUUUUUAAACUAAAAAUUGGCAAAAUGAUGACCUGGACCGACCCAUUAACGGUCUGGGCAGCUAUCGAAGUUUCCCAAAGAAUAAUGGUACCGAUGAUGAUCGUGAUGAGGCGCAUUCUCACAAUAAAGUUAGAUAUAGAAACAACUUCGAAGAUGCACAUAAAGAUUCUGUUAGUGGUCAGUGGCAGACUGACAUCCCCAACCACACAUCCUCACAUUUUAAUUAUUCGAACCUUAAAGAGUAUCUGAGUAUAUCAAAAAAAUACGAAAAUGAAUUGGAUCUGAAUCCAAUAGAGAGCGACUUUUAACUGACCAUCCAUUCAGAAAUAAAGAGGGAUUAGGAAGGUCUCGGCUUCGCACGAGUAGAUCUCCCCCAAAUCUACCUUCUUUUGUAAAAAGAGAUGAUGAAAUUCCUACUAAAGGCAAAGAAGAUAAAUUACACAUUUAAAGGUCAAGAUGGAAGUCGAUCAGGAAAGCUAUACUGAUAAAGUUAAAGAGAUUUCUGUUGAAACUCUUACCACUACA